AUGGAAGGUCGCUCCAAGGUCAGUCCAUGGAGGAAGAAGACCAACGCAAGCGGGAAAAGCCAGGAAAAGCAGGAGGCCGUUGUUCUUUCUGAGAAAGUGUAUGUGGCAGUGGGGAGGAACAUGAAGGAAGAGUGGAACAAACUUUUAUGGAGCCUUGAGGCCUACCAAGGAGCGAAGGUGGCGAUCCUUCACGUUCACCAGCCCUCGGAGAUGGCUCCUGGCCCUUCUGGGGGAUGGAUGCGAGCUAGCAAGUUGAAGGCGUCCGAGUUAAAGGCGUUCAGAGAGCUGGAGCGACAGGAGAUGAUGCAAGCAAUUAAUGGCUACUGGUGGUUCUGUGCCUCCAAAAAGGUAGAAGCAGACCAUCUCAUUAUUGAAUCCAAGAACGUCGGGAAAGGAAUAGUGGAAUUAGUUGCCCAACAUGACAUUGGGGAGCUUGUCAUGGGGGCAGCUGCUGACAAAAGCUUCUCCAAGAAGAUGAAGUCGCCCAUCUCAAAGAAGGCCAUCUACGUGAACCAGCACGCCCUCCCCUCGUGCCGAAUACGGUUCGUCUGCAAGGGCACCCACAUCCGAACCCGCGAACCUUACGCGGCGAUCUCCUCGCCCGCUGUCACGCCGAGCCCCACCCACUCCUCCCCCGGUCCCGAUGGCGGCCGCCGGAGGUCAUUCAGCGGCUGGUUUGGGUCCCCGCAGUUGAACUACACCAACUCGCCGUCACCGGAGGUUGCGGUCGGAAGGGCGGAAGAGGUGCCGAGGAGUCCUCUUAAUGCCAUGGGGACGACUUGGUCUUCAACGGAGGAUGGGUCGUCGCGGCGGUCGUUGACGGCAGAGAGGACCGGCAGAGAAGAAUGUCCGUCGUUGGAACCGGGUGUGGACGCUCCCGUAGCCGUUGAUCGUUCAUUCCCGCAGACCGAAGCAGCCGAAGAACAGUAUACAGAUAACUUGAUCCUUUUUGGAGAAGCAACUCUCCAACAGAUGAUGGUAACAUUGCUCAUUAUUCGUAUCUUCUCUAUGGCAUUUGGUCUUGACAUCAAUGAAGCUGAGCAUUUGUCCGUAAAAGAGCAAAGGUUGAGGAAAGAGGCAGCAGUGUCAAGAGAAAGACUUCAGCUGGAAAUGCUACGUGAGAUGUCCGUCGAGAGAGCUUCGCUUGAGAGACGCAUCACAGAAGUGGUGCAUGAGUUGGAAGAGAAGAAUCAAAAGUUGGACGACCUUCUGCACGCGUUGGAUGAGAUGGAGAGGGAAAAGAUGGAGAUGCAGCGGCAGAUGGAAGAUGCCAUGGCCAAGGUUGAAGAGCUCAACAUCCGGCAGGAGGAAUUUGGUGAAGCGUCUCGAAUGGCGCACAGUUUCACGGAAUUCUCUCUGGCAGAGCUGGUAGAUGCUACCAACGGGUUUGACCCAGGAUUGAAGAUAGGGGAAGGAGGAUUUGGCACAGUUUACAGAGGACGAAUACGCUACACGACUGUUGCAAUCAAGAUGCUGAACUCUGAGAGCACGCAGGCCGGAGGUUCUGAAUUCCAUCAAGAGGUGAAUGUUCUCAGUAGAGUGAGACAUCCGCAUCUUGUCACCUUUAUUGGCGGAUGCACUGAGGCGUGUGCACUUGUCUACGAAUACCUUCCGAAUGGCAGCCUGGAAGACGGACUAAGCUGUAAGGACGGCACGCCCCCAUUGACAUGGCAAGCGCGAACUAGCAUUGCAGCAGAAAUCUGCUCUGCACUUCUCUUCCUCCAUUCAGCUGGUGUGGUUCACGGCGACCUCAAGCCUGGAAACAUCCUUCUAGAUGCCAAACUUUCGGCCAAAAUCGGUAACUUUGGGAUCUGCCAUCUCCUCCCAGAGCAGGACUCAACAGUCGGCCUUUGCGUCGCCGCCAAUCCCAAUGGCGCAUUCGCCUAUUUGGACCCAGAGUUCCUUGCUACCGGCGAGCUUACACCUCUUUCCGAUGUAUACUCAUUUGGGGUUAUAAUUCUGCAGUUGCUCACAGGGAGGUCACCAUUAUGGAUAGCUAGGGAUGUCCAGAAGUUCGUAUUUGCUGGGAAUCUACAGGCACUCAUUGAUCCGGCAGCCGGUGAUUGGCCAUUUGUUCAGGCAGUUCAGCUGGCCAACCUUGGGCUGGAAUGUUGCAACAUGAGCUGCAGAUGCCGGCCAGAUCUGGAAACAGAAGUUUGGAGGGUUUUGGAGCCAUUGAAGGGUUCACUAGCACCAUCAACACAUUGCAUGGUGACAAAUUCUCGACAGCCUCCAGAAUAUUUCAUCUGUCCCAUAUUCCAGGAAACCAUGCAAGAUCCUCAAGUAGCGGCUGAUGGUUUCACAUAUGAAGCAGAGGCAUUACGGGGAUGGCUGGACAGUGGCCACGACACUUCUCCAAUGACGAACUUGAAGCUUAGCCACCUCAACCUGACACCAAAUCAUGCUCUUCGCUCUGCAGUCCAAGAGUGGUGUAGGCACUGCUGAUCAGGUCGGUUUAGGAAGUUGGGAACCAGAACACGCAUUCACCUCCAUGAUUUCUGAAUAGUCAUUGAAGAAGGAGAAAAGCUAUCCUUCUCUCUGUUACAAGGAAAUUAAAUUUGUUGACAUUCCAUGGGAAGUUGAUUAUGACUGGAAGAUUCGAUGGUGCAUGAAAUCGCUACAGGUCUUGUUUGCAAGAUCCAUUAAUAGAUGCACCGCGAAUGCAGUUCAGCCACUACACG